AUGCCCUUCAACAAAAAGGAAGGUGGCUCAAAGAUGGUUGGGAAGUCAUCGCAUAUUCCAGAAGCCGCGGUUUCGUUGCAGCAGAGAGUCACACAGGAUAAAAGCCCUCACCAAGAGCUUUUAGUUGCUCUAUCAAGAACCGGUCACGACUUUGUCGAGGAGGCGUCAAUAGUCAAUGUUACUGGAAGCACCCGGCCUCUGGCCUUCAGCCUAUAUGUUUCUAGUAAAGUCAAUGGAGAAAUUUACGGCAAUUUAGAGUCUAUUGAGACUGCCGAGGCAUCAGAGACUGCAUCUGAUCCUCUAUCGUUUCAUAUCUUGAUUUAUCCUCUGGCAGACAGAAAGUUUGCUGAAGGUUUGAAAACAUUAGCAAAGGAAAACGCCAAGCGGUAA